AUGGCUUCAUCAAUUGAGACCUCGAAAGUUACUAGCCAUUUCCGAUCAAUCAGCUUGCCUUCUAGGAGCCACCCUCUCACGACCACCGUAGAGGAGCAUUUGUCUAGGCUCAGAUCAUCAGAAGUGGUGUCCUCAUCCUCAUCGGCAUCCCAAAGUUUGGGAGAACUCAAGAGCUUGUAUGAUUGCAUCGAUGACUUACUUCAGUUGCCUCUCACUCAACAGGUUCUUUCCAACCUGAGAAGUCCCACUGAAGAGUCGUUGGAUGGUUCUCUCAAGCUGUUAGAUGUUUGUGGUAACGUGAGAGAAGCUUUUUCACAGAUGAAGGAAUGUGUCCAGGAGCUCAAGUCUUCUUUCCGAAGAAGGAGAAGAGGAGAUUCCAGCUUUGCCUUCAAAGUCGAAGCAUACAUCAACGCUAGAAAGAAGUUGAACAAAGUCAUCAGCAAGCACUUGAGAAGUCUGAAGAAGAAAGGCCCUACGAAGGGCUCUCACAAUGAAGCUACCCUUAGCAUACUAGGAGAAGCUGGAGAAAUCAGCUAUUCUGUGUUUGGGUCCCUCUUAGGUUUCCUUGCUAUGACAAGUGCAGGCACGAAGUCUAGAGGCUGGUCUCGAGUGUCAAAACUGCUGGAAGCUAAACGCCUAUCAUGCGAUGGAGGAGAGGAAACCAAUGAAGUACAAGGCCUGGACGCCGCGUUGCUCUCCCUCAGAAUGAGCAAAGGCAUUGAUGAUCACUUAGGCGAUCUGUCAGAGCGAUUGGAGGAACUAGAGCUGAGCAUUCAAGAAAUUGAGGAUGACUUGGAAUGCAUUUUCAGGCGCCUAGUGAAAUUGAGGGUUGCCCUUCUCAACAUUGUUAACCACUAG